AUGACUACCCGGGGACUCCUGUUUCUGCUCUGGCCUGUGGCCACAGCCACCCAAGACUGCCCAAAGCCCUGUACCUGCCAGGCCUUGGAAACCAUGGGGUUAAAGGUGAACUGCGAGGGGCAGGGCCUCACAUCCCUGCCCGCGCUGCCGGCUCACACUCGCCAGCUCCUCCUGGGCAACAAUAGCCUCCGUUCAGUGCCACCAGGUGCCUUCGACCACAUGCCUCAGCUGUGGAACCUCGAUGUGACACAGAACCCCUGGCACUGUGACUGCAGCCUCACCUACCUGCGCCUCUGGCUGGAGGACCACAUGCCUGAGGCCCUGCUACAUGUGUACUGUGCCAGCCCUGACCUGGCCACCAGGCGUCCACUGGGCCAGCUGACAGGCUAUGAGCUGGGUAGCUGUGGCUGGAAGCUACCACCAUCCUGGGCCUAUUCAGGGAUCUUGUGGGAUGUGGCACUGGUCGCUGUGACUGUGCUGGGCCUGGUUCUGCUGGCUGGCCUGCUGAGCACAUUCCCAGUGCCCCUGAAUUGA